GUUGGAUGGAGCCGUCAGGCAUCAUCAGUUGUGGCAGCUUUGAGGCUCCACGAGCAGAUCUAUUGGUCAAUGCCAGAAGGAUCCAGGUGUGACUUUCUUUGAGGAUCGACAAGGUCUCUGGGUAGUGUCUGAAUUGGAUGCCUGUUUAAAGGGGACGGACACCAUCAGCGCCUAGAAACAGGGCCCCAUGGCGACCAGCCGGGGCGGGACGAUGUCGUUGUUGGCCUUGCUGAUCGCGGGCUGCUUCGCGGAGGGCAAGGUCAUAUCCAUUGAAGACUUUGGUGCGGUGGCCGACGAAGAGGCCGCCAGCGCCAGCAACGCCGCGGCGUUCAACCGGGCGCUGGCUACGGCUGGCAGCGGCGACACUGUGGUCGUGCCGGCCGGCAAGAGGUAUUGGGUUCUGGGCGGGGUGCUGGGGUCUGGGUUGUUCAACGUGACCGUCCGGUUGGACGGCGUGCUCAUGGCCGCCGCCGACUACGAGCACUGGCCAAGAACGCACAAGGGCAAGCACUACGCCGACUUUUUCAGCAUUGUGAACUCGCGGCACGUGACGGUGACGUCGGCAGGGAGCGGACUGCUGGACGGGCAAGGGGUCGGGUGGUGGAACAAGGAAGUGCUGCCGGCCGUGUAUGGCAAGCUCAAGAGCAAGAGGCCCAAGCUUAUGUCCAUGGACAACUGCACGGACGUGCUGGUGGAGCGACUGAACAUGCUCAACUCGCCGUCGUUCCACAUGAUGCUCAGCGACAUGGCGCGUGUGGAGGUGCGCUACAUCCACAUCAACGUGGACCGCAGGAAGCAGGCGGAGCUGAAGCAGGUCAAGGCCGCCCUGCGCAACGACACCUCCCGCGCGGCAGGGGACCACAGCCAGGCCCACCUGCAGCCUGAGGACCUGAACACGGAUGGCAUCGACCCGUCCGGGCGGGACUUUUGGAUCCACGACUGCACCAUCAUGAACGACGACGACUCCAUCGCCGUUAAGCCGUGCAACCCCGAGGGCUGCGUCAACUCUGACUGCUCCCGCAACAUCCUGGUGGAAAACAUGGUCAUGAGCGGCUUCGGCGCCUCCAUCGGCAGCGUGCCGCCCCACGCGGCGGUGGCAUGCGUGCAGAACGUCACGUUCAGGAACAUGACCAUGCCGGGCACGGGCAAAGGCGUCUACAUCAAGUCCAACCCCUCGUGCGGGCUGGCGGACGGCAAGCCCAAGCGCGGGCUCAUCGCAGACAUCACCUACGAGGACAUCAAGAUCGAGAAGCCCCUGUGGUGGGCCGUGUGGAUCGGCCCGCAGCAGCAGCACGAGCCAGGCGCUGCGCUGGGCGAGAAGUGCGCGCUGGACUACCCGCUGGGCUCCUGCCCCACGCAGGGCUGCGUGGACUUCCGCAACAUCACGCUGCGGAACAUCGCCGUCCACGAGCCGAAGCUGAGCCCGGGCGUCAUCCUGGGCAACAGCACCAACCCCAUUCAGAACCUCGUGUUCGACAACGUGCGGGUGAUCAAGCCGGGCUACCUGCCGUUCAAAGGCAAGUACAAGUGCGAGCACGUGAUCGGGACGGUCACGGGCGGGUCCGGCCCACAGCCGGAAUGCUUCAACGAUAGGCCGCGCGAUCGGCCCAUCCUUAAUACCUAUGUUUGACACUACUCUUUUAACGUCAUUUAAAUUAGGUGUGGGUCAAAAUUAAACGAGCAGGGAUGGACCGCAGGUUUUCGUCCUUCCCAUUUACCGGGGCAGCCCAAUUCCUGGUUACCAACUAUUUUUGUCCCACAGCCGUCUGAAGAUGCUACGAUGUGUUACGCAUAGCGAAGCUGAGCGAGCUAGCUGUCACUCGCUGUGG